GGGGCGAUCAGUCAUACUUGAAGAGGCAUAUGUAAAAGUCCAUGCUCUAUCCAUGACUGAUUUUGGAUCAGCAUCCUUCCGCAAAUUUCCACUACGAAAUUUACUAUUUGAAACAGUAAAACUGACCGCAGGUCAGUUCUAUUUGGUCCUACAUAUUCCGCUUCUUUUGCAGAGGACCUCGCAUGGCGUUGCAGGAAUAUCUGUGAACUCUUUUGGUACAGUAGGGUACAGUAAGAAAUGUGUACGUGUAAUGCAUCUUAUUACAAACCUAAAAUCCAUUAGAUAUCAUGGCGAAUAGUAUGGUAAAGGAAUGUCUAAGAAAUUUUGUAAAGGAGGCUCGUGAGCUUUAUAUGAACGAAGGAGUGCCGUACUUGGAACAUCCCAUUCGCCCGCUGGAUUUUUACCGGGAAUGGAUUAGUCCAAACAAACCCUGUAUCAUCCGCAACGCCUUCAACCACUGGCCUGCCCUUCAAAAGUGGGGGUUUUCUUACCUCAGGGAAGUCGUGGGCUCAAAGGAGAUCAGCGUGGCAGUCACACCCAACGGCUAUGCGGACGCGGUUCACGGGGACCGCUUCGUCAUGCCAGAGGAGCGGCGCAUGCGGCUCUCAGCCGUCCUGGACCUGAUGGAGGAGAAGCCACGAGGCAGUGGCGUGUUCUACGUGCAGAAGCAGUGCUCCAACCUGACAGAGGAGCUGCCAGAGCUGACUGGGGAUCUGGAGCCCCACAUCCCCUGGAUGAGUGAAGCCCUGGGCAAAAGGCCUGAUGCUGUGAAUUUUUGGCUCGGAGAAGCAGAAGCGAUCACAUCAAUGCACAAGGACCACUAUGAGAACCUGUACUGCGUGAUCUCUGGAGAGAAGCAGUUCAUCCUCUUGCCUCCCUCGGAUCGGCCCUUCAUCCCAUACGAGCUGUACCAACCUGCUAAAUAUCAUCAGAAGGAAGAUGGGAGUUUCGAGGUGUUGGAUGUGACAGACGCAGAUAAGGUGCCCUGGAUCCCACUGGACCCCCUGAACCCAGACCUGGGGCGCUUCCCAGAGUACCGCUUUGCCCAGCCGCUGCACUGCACUGUCAAGGCGGGGGAGAUGCUGUACCUGCCCUCCCUGUGGUUCCACCAUGUCCAGCAGUCUCACGGCUGCAUCGCAGUGAAUUUCUGGUAUGACAUGGAGUUUGACAUAAAGUACAACUACUUCCAACUGCUUGAGGCACUUUCCCAAGCUACAAGACCACUGUGAGGCAGUAGGGGGCGACAUCCCCAACCAGAGACUGGGGCCCUAUGACAGCAUCCCCAGGGGCCAUGCUGGGAGGUGGACUUCAGCCACACACCUGGAUGAUUUCAGCCAAAGACUACAUUCCUAUGGGGAUGUUCCAGCACACCGGCCUGCUGCCCUUCUGACAGAAUAGCUCUGAAUGCACAUCACUCAGCCUCCACACAACUUUCUGCUUUCCAUCUGGAAGCAUGAUUAAUAAAACACUGUGAAUAAGUGUAAUAAAUAUGGUUUUAUUCAACUUCA